AUGGCGCUUCAACUCAAAAAAAACAGGUUUCGUUUGUCUACAGUCACUACUGGCGCUCUUGUGAUAGGAGCGGGUGUUUUGCUUUUCAAAACCUUUCCUCAUUUGAAGACGUCGCUUUUGUCCCGCUUCUCGGAAGAAACGGCCGAGGAAGAGGAUGGAAAUGACGUUGUUCAGUUAAAUGAAGAAAAAGCCGCAUCUGAAGACGAGACCACUGAGUCACUUAUACAGACCAACAAGAUUCCCGCGGAUGCUUCCAAAUGGUGCGAUGCAACCUUAAAGAGCUACUUGACAGAAGUAAGUAUCCCAUUCACUCACACGACGUGCGUUUUGAGGCUCCAGACACGCUUAGCCUUGGUGACGGCUCAAAUAUUUGAGUUUGUAAAGCUUUAG